AUGACUAAUGGGGGUUACACUAUUGGGGGGCCUCUAAUCUCAAAGAGAGUUCACACGUGUGCAGCUGGAGUUUUUCAGUGCACUUCGGAUCGAGACACUGGACUUGAGACUGCACAGUGCUUCGGAUUCGUGGAGGGUUGUACGUCUUCUUUCCCAGCUCUGCGCCUCCUCCUAGCACACCCGUCUCUCGUGCCGUCUCUCUUCGCAACAGAGGGCCUCUUGUCUGAAGCCUCAAUCUACGUUUCUCUCUCCAGCGGCAACAGCAGCAAAACGCGGGGGGAGGGCCAUACGCUGCUCUCUUUCGAGUUCCUCAGGCAGCUCCACUCGCAAUGUGCGACUGGAGCCCGCGUCUACUGCUUCUUCGAAAUACAGCAGCAGCAGCAGCAGCAGCACUCUCAGCAGCAGCACUCGAAAGCUCGCCAGCAGCUACGCAAGGCCGUUGAGCUGCUGCGCGAGAGCAUCAAGGGGCCUAAAGGGAUGCCAGGGCAUUCCGAGGUGCUCUUCGAUUUCAUCGAUUUGGGGAGUUCUCAGGCAUCCUUCUCUUCUACGAAGUCACCUGGUGUGCAGUUGCGGGAAGAUGACGCGUGGCUGCAAGGUCUAGCAACGCCCUAUUCGUGGCUGCUAGAGGAGGAGCAUGGGCUUGGACUGGAUGGAGGAGGGGGGACUGUGCCUUCCUCCACUGCUGCUGCUUCUGGAGGACGCGAGUUUCAGCUCGCCAGCGGCGCUUCCGUAAGGAUCGUCAGCGCAGAAAAAGAAAACUGCACGGCACAGCCGAAGGUUCCCCUUCGGCGAACAGCCCCCGACCAGUGUGCUCCCUAUGUGCAACAAGGAUCGACAGCGGUCUUUUAUGUGGCGCUUCUUCGCAGGGAACCCCAGAAACCAAACUUUCGCUUUAAACCGUUCGCCUCUUAA